AUGGUGUUCCCAGGAAGGCGAAGUACCGGCUGCUACGUUUGUCGCGAGCGGAAAGUCAAGUGUGACGGUGCGCGGCCAGCAUGUGCGCGCUGCACCAAGUUUGGGAGAAAAUGUAUCGGCUAUCCCGACUCGUUUAAGUUCCGAUUCUAUGAUAGCACGUCCUUUCAGAAUGAGGCUUCAACCCCACUAAGACCUGGACAUGUCCGAGAGACCCCCGCUACGGCCCAGGAAGGGAAACGGAGGGAUCCAUCAGUUGUAACUGUACAGGCAACAGGCCAUGAUCACCGAAAAUCACCCCUAAAGUUGCAAUCGCCCUCAGUUCCUCAGUGUUUGUCGAUUGCUUCCUGGGAGCUCUGGCCCUUAUCCUACUUUUUUCAUCAACAUGUCCUUAUCGUCCAUAGGUCUCCCUGUGGCGGCCAUCUGGCGUUCCUGCCUGAUCUCUACCGGGAGAAGGGUUCCGAACCUUGCCUCAAACAUGCUGUGCUUAGUGUCGCGUAUCUGACCUUGUUUAAUUCGAAUCGUUCUCCCCUUCUUUGGACCCAAGCUAGGACUAACUACAGCACCGCAUUAGUGGCAUUAGCAGCGUCUUUAAACACACCAGAAUCAGCUGCGAGAGAUGAAGUAUUUGCGGCCUGCUUGCUCCUGAGCAUGUUCAUAGAUUUAAGCAAUGAAAGAAAGAACUCGUUGAACGCCCACAUUCCCGGUAUCCACGCACUGAUGCAGCUACGGGGAGUCACCUCUUUGCGUGGUAAAUAUGGCCGAGUUUUAUUUGCAUGGGCAUUUAUGCAAUCGCAAAUACAAGCCAUAGCUAGCAACGACUUCGGAUAUGGAUGCUUACCGGCGGCUUUAAGUACGAUGGAAAACUCUGACAGUGUCUGCCGUGCUGGAAUUGUAAUCAGCAUGAUCUCAAAAUUCUGUGCAUCUGUUAGAUACUUCAAAAAGUACAUGCAGUUUCAGUUUCGGAGUGGCCAUGCACCAACUACCGAGCCCUCGUUCGAAUUGUUAGAACAAGCAGGUUCUAUCAUGAGCCAGAUCGACAGCUGGCACGCUCGGCUUCCACGUCACUGGAAAGCCAAGCUGAAAGAUGCAACGCCUGGUGGUCUUUCCGGGGAACGUAUCUCAGCUUCCGAGGAUUCCUGGACGACGUGUUUCGUGGCCAUCAUUAGUACGACCCACUUGUUUUUUUACCUGCAAUUUCUCGAAUACUGUGAAUGCGUCUCUCCUAAUCUGGAAGCCCUGAAGGCGCUCCCAAAUGAAAAUUCAAUCUACUACCCCCUAUACGGUAUUGGCGGUCGGAUUCAGGAUUCAAUCAACGUCAUAUGUUUGUCGGUGUCAUAUGCACUGGGAAGCAUGAAUGUACAUGGGAGAUUUGAACCCUUCCACAAUACCAAGCAAGGAAUUGGGUACAACCUUCUCUGGCCUAUGUCGCUCGUGGCGACCUGUCAAUUCUCCACGACAGAGCAAGCUCGACUUUGCCAGCAAGCACUGGAGUACACCUGGUCGACAAUGGGCCGUGUUGACAGAUAA